CCGUGUGGGUCUGCAGCGGGCAGGCGAGCCGCACUGCACACCGACUGAACCGGCAGGGGCGAGGCGGCAUCCAUCAUCGCUAUGGGAAUUAAGCGCAGCGUCCUGAGUGACUCGAGCCCUCAGCCCGCUCCACCCGGAGACACAGAGUAUAAAGCAGAGCAGCCCAGAGCCCCGACCAGCUCUCCCUCCUCCGGUGCGCCGAGGAGGACUACGGUGAUGGUGAUCAGUCACAUCUAGAGAUGAGAAGUGUUACUCAAGCAGACAACUCGGACAAGGACGUUUGCUCGACCCUCAGCCGUGCUCUCUGAUUCAGGAUGAUGUCUGUCAUCCAUGUGUCCGCCGUGCUCCUGUGCACGGUGGUGGCUGACAUCUCAGCCCGAGCUUUGACCACAUCCACCGCAGACGACCAGCCCCUCCUCUCUCCACGCCACUAUCAGCACACAGACCGGGACUCUGGCACCCAGCUGGUCUGUGACAAGUGCCCAGCAGGCACCUACGUCUCCGUCCACUGCUCUCCGACAACAGUGAGGGAGUGCAGCCCCUGCCCCAGGGGCACCUUCACACGGGGAGAGAACGGCGUCCAGCAAUGCCACCGCUGCAGGGCUCCGUGUCCCGUGGGCUUCGUCGAGAAGGCGCCCUGCACGGCCACCCAGGACCGAGUCUGCACCUGUCCGCCCAACACAUUUCUGUCGAAGGCCGACGGUUUGGAGUGCAAGCCCCACUCCCUGUGCCCGCCGGGGUCCCGGGUGAAAAGGCGCGGUACCGAAAAGGAAGACGUUCUCUGCAAGCCGUGCACGAAGGGCACGUUUUCUCAGGUGGAAUCCAGCGCCAUGAGUUGCAGAAAUCACACGAACUGCAAAGCUCUGGCAAGACUGCUGUUGACACCGGGGACAAGACAGACGGACAACGUGUGUGGACCCCCUUCUGCCACUUUGUCAUCUGUUCCUCCGACCGCUCCACUGGGGCCUGCGCAGGCUGUGUUUGUUCAGGAGACGAUGAUGUCCUCGGUCUCCCCAUCGUUGAAUGGACAUGCACGUAAAGAUCCCUCGAGCCAGUCAGCAGCCAUUCAACUGAGGAAAGCUGUAGGCGGGGAAGACGGCGGAGCGGAGUUAAUGCUUCCCCUUUCUGGCGUCCCCACUCCACCAAAUCAGGAAGUGUCAUGGACUCCCUUGUUGGUGGCUCAAAAGCAAGCCAUGGAUCUCAAGAAAGAAUUGGGCGAAUCUGAAACUGAUCCUGAGCCUGGGGCAAAUAAACCAAGAAUGGAGGGUGCAGUAGGCCCAGAAGUUGUUAGGGUUGGAACAGGCAUCAGUAACCUGGUUAACUUGGGGAAUGCGGGUGAAGCCUCCAACUACUACAGACCCAACCGCAGAGGGUCACCGAGGCCAACCAUGCAUGAUCACUUUGACAUCAACGAGCAUCUGCCGUGGAUGAUAGUUCUGCUGCUCCUGCUGGUGCUGGUUGUGAUCGUGGUGUGCAGCGUCAAGAGGAGCUCUCGGGUACUCAAGAAGGGCCCAAUGCAGGACCCAAGCAGCAUCAUGGAGAAGGCAAUUCACAAGAAGACAACUGGGACUCCAACACAGGCCAGAGAGAAAUGGAUCUACUACUACUCCAAUGGCCAGGGGGUGGACAUCUUGAAGCUGGUGGCGGCCCAAGUGGGCAACCAGUGGGUGGACAUCUAUCAGUCCCUGGCCAAUGCCACCGAACGGGAGGUGGCCGCCUUCUCAAACAGCUACUCCUCCGAUCAUGAGCGAGCGUACGCCGCGCUGCAGCACUGGACCAUCCGAGACAGCGGGGCCAACCUGGCCAAGCUGAUCAACGCCCUGCACCGCCUUCGCCGCAUCGAUGUAGUGGAGAAGAUCCGCUGCAUCAUGGAGGACAACCCACAGGAACACUCAGGCCUCGGAGCUUUCUGGAGCCGUCGUUCCCUUCUUGUUCUCCGUGACCCCUUCUCUGCCUCGUCAUCCUCUGCAGUUCAAUACGUACCGCAUUUUGACAUCAACCAGCUGACGACCACAGUGAAUGUAAGCCAAAGCCUCAGUCCCAUCAACAAGCUGCUGGAGUCGCCCGGCAGCACGGCCAGCAGCGGGGGCAGCAGCAGUGCGUACCGAGCCGGCGGCGUCGGGCCCGUCCAGUCACCCAUGGACCGAACCAAAGGUUUCUUCGCCGACGAAUCGGAACCGCUCCUUCGCUGCGACUCCACGUCCAGCAAAGACUCCGCCCUCAGCAGGAACGGCUCCUUCAUUACCAAAGAGAAGAAAGACACGGUUCUCCGGCAGGUUCGCCUGGACCCGUGCGACCUUCAGCCGAUCUUCGACGACAUGCUGCACAUCCUGAACCCCGAGGAGCUGCACGUCCUUGAGGAGAUCCCCACCGCCGAGGACAAGCUGGACCAGCUGUUUGAGAUCGCCGGAGUGAAGAGUCAAGAGGCCAGCCAGACGCUGUUGGACUCUGUCUACAGCCACCUGCCUGACCUGUUAUAGUGGACGGGACGGGGAAGAGGGAAUAACUGAUUUAAAAAAAUUAGAAAAAAAAAGGAAGCACACAGAUGUUCAAAGGCAAAGGGAUGGGGUGUAGUUGAGAUUUAGCUUGAGUUGAUUUUUUUCAAACCGGUGGAGUUGGACUCAUGAGGCCACUGGUGUAACGUGACUCCGGCAGGUUCUUUACCUUUGGUCUGCUCUCUCUGAUGAAUCCGGUCAGUCCUGAUCACUCCUUCGUUCCUUCUGUAUAAAAAUCCGCUUUGCCACGUCACAUGACCACCGGUGAUGCUGACCGUGAGGCUCAAAGGCCUUCUGGGUUUUAAAGAGUUGAGUCCAAACGGCGUGAAUUAUGUACAGACUCCACUCAAGUAGCACUUUAUUUAUCUGAAACGGCCAACGCCUUCUUGUUUAAAGGACAAUACCGGUGUUUUUUCUUGUUUGUGCCAAUCAUUUAGGCUCUUCUUGCCUUUACUAAUAUUUCAGUGUAAAAGUCAUAUUUAUUAUUAACACAACAGGCAAUGGUAUAUAAGCUAUAACUCUAAACAACACUGGUAUUAUUCUUUGAUUAAGGUUCUAGUAAAUCAAACAGAUUGGGCUGAUUUCUGAGUCGUGUGCCUAAACGUGUUCCCUUUCACAGCUCCUCGUUUUGUUUCCCUCCUGCUGCCUGAUCCUGAGGGGGGUUGAGGGGCUAGUAGCUUGUGACCACCAGCAGGCAGUAGCAUCAUUUCAACAGUCUGACACCAAAUGCAUCGAUUAAAAUGACUCAAGACUGAAGGAAUGCAGUGCCUCAUGAAGCACCUCGGGCUUUUCCACAUUUGAUCAUUUUUCAACCACAAACCCAAUGUUCUUUUUAUGGGAUUUUAUAUUAAAGGCCAAACUCAAAGUAGGGUAUUGCUAUGAGGUGAAUGUAAGAAGAUAAACAUCAAAAUUUGAAAAGCGUGGUGUGCUGUUUUGUUGAAUUUUCUGACCCGGCAAUGUGUGGGCAGAUUUUUUUUGACCAUCUCUGGCGGUCUUAAGAGAUGGGACCAUUUGGACCACAUGUGUGUUUUACGAGGUUUUCUUUGUGUGGUUUAUCACCCGGAGGGUUAAAGCUGAUCAGUUGCUUAAAGUUGCUUCUGUGACCCUGUAAAUCUGAGGUCUUCGUUAGAAAUACCCAUCAUACCAAAACUAACGAUGAGAAAACUGUACACUGUACUCUUGUUCAGUUGUCUAGAAAGUCCAGUUCGUUGGGGGAGGUGUGAAUGCAUAGUUAAAGUGAUGAGGGCCAAAAAAUCAACUCUGGUCCAUCUAAAAACUUGGGCCUGUGUUUGGUUUAAGUAAACUCUGGUGCGGUCGGAAUGCACAUGUGACCACCAAGCGGAUCAGAGGUCGCUCCAAAAGCAGGAAGUGGUGCAAGUGAAAGGCAUUGUGGACAAAUACAACCAAAACAAACAUGCGGGUCUUGCGCUAGUGGGAGAAAUGUCUGGUGGUCUUUCAUCAAAGACUAAACAAAAAUCCUCCAACCACUAAACUCUAUCGCUAUACCAUUCAAUUGAACAAAUAUUGCAACUUUGGUUCUCAAUCACAUCCAGGCUACCAGACUAUCAGGAGUGAAAACACCAUAAAAACGUUGUUGCACCCUACCCUUCCCCCCAAGGACUAAUGUUUGAGGAUCUUGAAAUACAUAAAUAGCCUAGUCAAAGUCCAGACUUUCGUCCAGUUGAACAUCUCUAGCUCCACUUCAAAUUAGGUGUUUAGACAGACUCUCCUUCCAACAGGCAGAACCAUUUCAGGUUUUAGAUGUGAAAUAUAAAGUUACCCCAAAUGCAGUGAAAGGCCAUAAAGUCCCAGUGAAAUGCAUCACAGGUUCUGGUUGCAAGGUGACAAAAUGCUGAAAAGCUCAGAGAAUAUCAAUACUUAGACAUUAUUUUAGUUCACCUGCCAGUAGGAGAAAUGCCUUUUUUUUUCCCCGUUUUGUUUUUAACUUCACUGGGAGAGAAAAUUUCUUAAAUGCCCGUUUGGUGAACCCUGACCCCACAUGUUGCGCUGAGAAAGCAUUCCUGAUACAUCUCAGAGCUUCCUGGCGCCAUCAAGGGAAAUAACUCAGUCCAAUUUUCUAGAUGUUUUAUGUUCUUGAUAUUCAAAUGUAAUACUCAUGCACUAAUGGUAAUUUCUGUACGUGCUUUGUUUUGUUUUUUGUUAUGUUUUGUUUUCCAUACUCACUUUGAUUUACUAUUAUUAGUUAUUGUAGUAUGUGGGUUUCUCUGUCCUGGGCAUUCGUAUGUUUUGGAAGCCCUCCAUCCCUGGCUGGGUUGUAACAUAUGCAUACUCUGUACUCUACUUGAAAUCUGUUACUUGAGCUCACCAAUGAACAGAGUGCAGUCUACCGAUUCCUUUCACCAAGAGCAUCUUGAACCUCAUAAGCCCCUCUGUCUUCAACGCAUCACGGAACCAGAGCGUCCGGGUUCUGCCAGAACCUCCGUGGUGUGGACUCUCGCCUUUUGGCCUGGCAGUAGAGAACUGGGACAUGAUGGAAGAAGGACAGCUGGGUAGGGAUGGGGUUAGGGUUUGGGAUAGCUUGAUGUGACUGACGGCGGCGCUGCUGUGGACUGCAGACUGGAUGACGGCGGUGAGGAAGUGUGAAGUGGCCCUCCGCUGCGCUGCGGGGGCCACAGCGGUGGAACGGACUAUUUGGGAUUUUUUUGGAACAAUGACAGGUGGAAGUGAAGAGGACGCGUCUGAGGAGAUGAUUACAUCAAAUUCGCAAGUCAAAUGUAACCAGUAUGUUUACUCUUCAGAUUAACUAAAUAAAGCUGAUUUUUUUUUCAGA